AUGGACGAUGGUUACUGCAACUAUGACAUUGUCGAAGUUCUUGAUGAAGGUUUGGAAUAUAAGGUUUUAGCGUUGGAGCCCGUGUUGUUUUCUAAUGAAGAUGUAGGUAAAACUACAUUCUUUAGAGCAGCUGAGAGUAGGCAUCCUGACUGCGACGAUGAGGAUAGGUCAGAGGUGAUAUUUUCGAUCCCAAAGUCAAAAAUGCUCAGAUUCUCCCAUCAGAUUCCUGCUUCCCGAGUAACCAAGGAGAUAGGCGGAGAUACGAGUGAGCUUUUCGAACUUGAUUCUAGAGAAUUACCUUAA